UCAGCAUAAUGGCUGUAUAGCGGUCUCGCUAUCUUGUCAAUAACACUCAAACCGGCAGUAGAUUAAACAUAACGAGGCUCUGCUGCUGUUUACCUAAAGAUGAGAUUUCAGAAAUAAUCCUGCUUUCAGAAAUAAUCGGAUUUCAGACUGCUGAUCGAACCAUUCUGCCACAAGUAAAAUGAUAAUGAAGAUGGUGACAUUGUAAACCUGACGGACUGAACUAAAGCAGACAGAGACAGGAGGAGGCAUAAUAUCACUGCAUCUCUUAUGUACUUUGCUGUUUUAAACAGGGACUAAUAAGCAACGUGUUGUGUACAUUGCGCAUUAGAAUACUGAAGAUAUUCAUUUGUAUUCAUUUUCCUGCCGGAGCAUAUUGCAUCAGGAUUUCCAUUAUACAAGACUGCCAUAGUCUGCCAGCAGUGAAGUGUCUAUGUUAUGUGAACUAAUACUGAUGCCAGCCUCUGCUAUAUCCGCAUUAAAAAGGCGAAGGGAAUGCUUUCACGAUCUUUUCUUUUUCUUCUUUUUUUAGGGAUAUUAACGUAGACUGGCUGUUUGUAAUAUCCAUAUUGUUUGCGGAAUGUUUAUAAUCGUUUGACAUAUUAUUUGUUUGAAACAUUGAUGCCUUGGAGAUACGACGAUUGACUGAUAUUAAUAACGUGGGUUCAUUCAGGAUAACAGGUGCAAAGACGGGAUAAACAAACCUCCAUCUCUCAAGUGCACCGAAACCCAGAUCUGCUUAAUUGUAUCAAACAUUUUUGAAAAGAUAUGUAUAGCAACGGAAUGGCUCUGAGUUUGCCUAUAUAUUUCAUGUCUUAUUUAAAACAUAUCUCUCAAAUAUAUUCCAUUAAAGCAAUGUAUUGCUGAUUUAAGAAAGAUACUUUGUAUUUCAGUUGCACUGACAUACAUUCUGAAUUGACUUGACUAAUUGGUGCAGCUAACUGCCUCAAUGCUGGAGACCAGGAUGAAGGAGGUGUGUCGGAUCUGCGCACGGGACCUGUGCGGAAACCAGCGGAGGUGGAUCUUUCACCCGGCCUCUAAACUCAACUUGCAGGUGCUGCUGUCCCACGUACUGGGCCGGGAGUUGAGCCGCGACGGCAAGGGCGAGUUUGCCUGCAGCAAGUGUACCUUCAUGCUAGAACGCAUGUACCGCUUCGACACUGUCAUUGCACGCAUUGAGGCGCUGUCCAUUGAAAGGCUACAGAAACUCCUGCAGGAAAAGCACAGGCUCAGGCAUUGCGUGGCCAGCCUCUACCGAAAGAACAACAGCGAUGAGCAAGGCCAAGAGAAGGCUGUGGACUGCACUGUGGACAUCUCCGGCUUGCCUGACGUGAAGUAUAGCGCCUUGCUCCAGGAGGACUUUGUUUAUUCAGGGUACGAGUCCUGGGCUGAACAUGAGGCACAAACUGUCGAACCCCACGUCCACUGCAAUGUCUCCGAGAUCUCUGUUCACAAAUCGAGGAAGUGCCGAGGCUGUGCGGCACUGCGGGUGGCAGAUUCGGAUUAUGAAGCUGUGUGCAAGGUACCCAGAAAGCUGGCAAGUAGCAUUUCAUGUGGACCUUCUACACGAUACUCGGCUAGUGUGCUAGGCAGUGUCUUCAGCGAGGACCUGACGACUAUAACCCCUUUGCCCGAGUCAAUGAUAGCAUCCUUGCCAAGCGAUAAAACUCUGGAAGACACAGAUCUUUUGGAGAAGAUGAGCCCUGCUUCCUCUGUGGAAUCUCUGGACACCGCUGUUGAAAUGGGGAACUCUGCCAGGAAAGAGGAAGAAACUGACAGGGAGCUGAAGGAGGACCAGAAGUCUGAUUCCUGGUCCGAGGAACAUCUGGCCCAAUGCAGCUCAACUGCACACACCAACAAGCUGGAUCUAGCUCUGAUGCUAGUGAAAACGUUUGAAUACAGGCCCAUCCAAAGCCCUCGAGGGAGCAAGCUGCCUGUGCUGGUCAAAUCUCCAGGUUCUGACUGCAAGCUGGUCUUCCCAGACACCACCCCCCGGACGUCUCACAACAGUAUGUGCGAGUUCCCCUCAAGGUUUCAGGAGCUGGUGCCCCCCCAAGCCCAGCAGGAGCUCCAGUUGGAGCUGGCAGACCUUGAGGAGUUGUGGCAGGAUGUCUAUGUGGAGUAUCUGCCCUUCCGCUCUCAGAACCUGAUCGAGGCACAGCAGAGCCAGCUGAACCAGUACGAGUGUGCGGCCGGGCAGUGUGUCAGUGAGCUGCAGAAAGCGCAGCUGCAGGUGCAGUCCCUGCAAACAAAGAUCCAAGAGACAGAGGCCGCAAAUGAGAUGCUGCACCAGAAGCUGAUGGAGAUGGAAUGUGAGCUCCGUGCCGUCAGACAUACAGCCCAGGAACAGGAGCGAACCAUCCAGGGGCUGAACGAGGCUGUGAGCAGCAAGGACUCUGAGGCUGAAGAACUUUACAGUGUCAUCGAAGGCCAGAAUGAGACCCUGUGUAAACUACGAGUGAUGGCUCACCGGAACCAGCUUGAGCAGCUGCAGGUCUCAGAGGGGGAGCUGGAUCCUGCUCAGCUCCCACAGCUCCAGGCUGAGCUCCUGACCCUCCAGAGCUCGCUCUUCUCCACCCAGCUGGAGCUGCAAAGUGUGCAGCGAGCUCACAGACAGUGCGAGCGCAAGGCUGCGGACCAGACCCGCGCCCAGGACCGCCUGCGCAGUGACCUGCAGGAGGUGCUACAGCAUAGAGAGGCCACAGCUCAGCACAAUCAGGAGCUACGCAGUGCUCUACAGAAGACUCGAGGCGAGCUCCUGGAGAAGGAGCAACUCCUGAAGGAGAGGGAGAGUGAGAAGCAGAUGGAGAUUCAGGUUCGGGAGACCAGCAUCCAGCGGCUGAGCCUUUCCCUGAAGGACAAGGAGCAGCUGCUGCAGGAAUACAUGGAGCUCCUGGACCAUCGGCAGGACUCGGGACAGAGCAGCGAGAGUCGGGAUGGCCUGCUGGAUAAACUGAGAGAGCGCAUCAAGAACCGGGACAGAGCACUGGAGCAAGCAAUUGAUGAGAAAUUCCGCACCCUAGAGGAGAAGGAGAGCCAGAUGCGUCAGCUGCAGCUCGCCCUGCGAGAGAAAGAGAAAGAUCAGAACAGGCUUCGCUGCAUCCUGUCUAACAACGAGGAGACCAUCAACAGUCUGGAUGGGUUGGUCAAGAUAAAGGACCUCGAACUGGAGCAGACCUCGCUGGCCUGCCGGAAUCAGCAGUGGCUCAAACAAGAAGCUGAGGAGAAAUACAGCCAUUGCCUGAGGGAGAGAGACAGCAUUAUUACCCAGCUGCAGACCUCACUACAGGGCUGCACCAAGGAGGCAGAGGAGUUAACCAAAGUGUUGCUAAACAAGAUGACUGUGGGAGCCAAUGAGUUGACAGAGGAGCUCAAGCUCCGCCUCCAACUGAAAGAGCGAAUGUUCCAGGAGGUGCUGGCGGACCGGAACCGUCAGGCCACUGAGCAUGAGCGAGAUAUCGAGAGGCUGCUGCAGACCAUCAGCACCAGAGAGCAGCAGAUCACAGAGACAGUGCAGAGGCUGAGCCAGGUGAUUGGGGAGCGGGCUGGAGAGCUGCAGGAGCUGAGGAAACAGCUGUCUGAGAGGGAGCGUGAAGUGUGUGAACUCUUCAGGCAGAGAGAGCAGCCUGCCUGGGCUCCCCUCAAUGAGAUCAGCCGCCUCAAAUGCCUGCUGCAGGAAAAGGAGGCUUUCAUCGAGGAGCUGAUGCAAAGUAGCCCACACAGCCAAGAGGAGCCCAUGAUCACUUCCAAGCCCAGAGAGACAGGGACGGCCAGCAGAGGAGAGGAGGGGGAGGGCCAGGAAGUAGUGGCGGUGAAGGAGGAGCUGAGACUGGUCAUGAGGAAAGAACAGGAGUCCCGGAUGGACCUCUCUGCUCUGCAGUCUGCCCUGGCCAAACAGAAGGAGGAGAUGCAGAUCCAAGCUGCAGAUAUCGAAUCCCUUACAAGAAAUGUGCAGAUCAAGGAAGAGCUCAUAAAGGAUCUGCAGAGACAGCUGGUGGAGCCCACUGGACUCCCAGUGGUUGAGCGAUUGACCCAAGAGCUUCAGGAGCUAAGAGAAACCAUUGUACUGCUGGAGACCCCAGACCACCAGAGUGUGCUGGAGAAGCUACUCUCAGAACACAGCAGACUGAAUGAAGCGCUGAAGGCAGAGAGACAACUCUACAGCAGUCUGGUACAACUCCACACCAACACAGACAGCUCUGAGAAUGUCCAAGCUCUGCAGAUGGAGCUGGAUGCGGUUCAGGUACUCCGAGGACAACUGGAAGAGGCCCUGGCGAGGACCCGAGAUGGUGCUCAGCGUCUAGAGAGGGCUGCCAGGAUGCAGUCUGAUUUUGGAGAUCUCAGCUCAGCGGAAGAGGUGGAGGAAGAUGAGGACAAUGGUGAUGAUGAUGAUGGCAGUACUGACUACACAGACAGCAUUGAAGAGAAGGAGAACGCAAAACUGACAGCCCUGUCCCUGUCCACCAGCCAGAAUGUGGGAACCCGUGAGCAGACAGAGCUGGCAGGAGGUUCGGGUUCGAGUACCGGCGUAUCACAGGUGGACAAGGAGUGUCUGUUGGAGAUGAGGUCUGAGAUUCAGCAGCUGAUGGAGCAAAAGAAGGCAGCAGAUAGUGAACUGAGAGAACUGAAGACGCAACUGGAGAACACUGGCUAUGCCUCCCUCUCUCAGAUGAGGAAUGCGCUGCAGAGUCUGCGGCUGGAGAACGAUGAGCUGAAGAGUCUGGUGGGACACGCGAAGUCGGGAUGUUGGCAGAAGGGUGAGGCCGGGAGGCUGAACGAGGAGGGUCUGAGGCAGGAAGUGGGGAGACUGAAGGGCAAGCUAGGGAGCACAGAGACCAUUGUGGGACUUCUGAAGGAGCAGCUGCAGCUAAACUGCCAGGUCUGUGGGGAGGAUGGGGUCUUCAACCCAGAACUGAUAGUGAACAUGGCCCACAAGAUCGAGCGGUUGUGGGAAGAGCUGGGCCUGGCGCAGGGGAAGUGCUCAGCUCCGGAAGUGCAGCUCAGAGAGGGAAGUGGAAAGAGGAAGCGCAGUAUCAGGUCUCACUCCCUGGACCUGGGGGCUCUGCUGUCCCAGCCCACCAACGAGUCCCCUCUACAGGCAGGGUUGCAGGUGGAUUCAGGGCGGUUCUGGGAUCACAUGGAGGCGAGUGUUCGUGAGCAGUCCCAGCAGCUCCGCUCCAAGCUGGCCUUGAGUCGCCAGGAGAGCCACGAGCUGCAGGAGAGGCUCAAGGUGUCAGAGGCCACGCUGCAGGCCCAGUCCGACCAGCUCAAGUAUUACCACAUCCUGCUCACUGAGGUGUCGGUGAAACAGGAGAGUAAGCAGGUGCAGGUGGACCUGCAGGACCUGGGCUAUGAGACAUGUGGCAGGAGUGAGACUGAGGCUGACAGAGAGGAGGCAAGCAGCCCAGAAUAUGACGAGCUGGAUGUGCAGGGAGAACUGUACAGUGAUGCCAGCCUGAUGGAAGAGGCCCGCGCCACCCCGCUUCCUCUCAAGUCCAGUCUGAAGGUGAGGCUGUGGCCGGAGGAGGAGCCAGUGAAGUGUGAGGACGUGUCGGCUCUGCAGCAGCACAUUCAAGACCUGCGAGUCCAGCUACGCCGAUCCGAGAAGGUGAUCCGCAACCUCCAGACCCGCGUCUGUUCCUUCUCCACCACCAGUGACUACGCCUCCAGCCUAGAGCGACCCCACAAGGUAGCCUGGAGCUUUGAGGCCUCACCUGCUCACAGCUGCCUGGAAGACGAUGAAGGAUGGCAGUCCGACGGGGUGGCCAUCCCAGCUGCUCAGCCCAACAAGGAGCUCCAGGAGCUAGUGUCCCGUGUGGCCUCACUGGAGACUCAGCUCAAGACUUCCAGGCUCGAGGGCAAGGCAGUGGCUGAAGAUGUCAAGUCUGCCACCUGGCCGAGGAAAUACGACUCUCUGAUCCAGGCUCAGGCCCGGGAGCUCUCCCACCUUCGUCAGAAGAUGCGUGAGGGCCGGGGUGUCUGCCACAUCCUGUCCCAGCACCUCGGCGACACCACCAAGUCCUUCGAGGAGCUGCUGCGCGCCAACGACAUCGACUACUACAUGGGCCAGAGCUUCCGCGAGCAGCUGGCACAGGACACCUCGCUGGCAGAGCGUGUCAGCAGCAAACUCAGCGGCCGAGAUCGAUCAGAAGUUGAUGACAAGACAGGGCAUGAGCUACUGGCUCUGAGGCUAAGCAGGGAGCUCCAGCAGAAGGAUAAGAUCAUCGAAUCACUCCGUGCCAAGCUGCAGCAACGCCCAGACACGCCCUCAAGCAGCCGUGCCCUUUCUGACUCGGACAGGACCUCCUUCGUGUCAGAUGAUCACGCCUCCACCAAUGAUGAUCUGGAGCUGUGCUCUGACAUGGACGCUGCCAGCGAGUACACACAGGAGGAGUGUGGGGGCACUGUGAGCCUGGAACAGGCCAGCACAGAGUCUCACAGUCAUGGUGGCGCUCCGCCACAACGCCCAUCAAUCCCAUCACCCACCACUGCAUCCCAUGGGGCUCAGUCCAACAACAGUACAAAAAUUCCAUGCUCACAACAUAAUCCCAUGGAGUCCAACCCGGCACAGAAAGACCUCUAUUCUGACCUCCCGUCCAGUGCUGUCACUUUCCCUCAGACCCACUACUGCCUUGACCCCUCCAGUCAGUUUGGUUCCCUGCCCUUUGAUCCCCGACCUCCAUUCCUUGACCCCAGUUUCAGUGGUGCAUCACCAUUCUCCAUAGCGGAAGUGCACCAGGAACUUCAGAUGCUGCAAAGGCAGCUGGGAGAAACCACAGGGUUUGCUGUUCCUCAUGUCAAACCGAUGUCCCACACGGCCAACUUCUCCAUGACUGGCCACUCACAACCCCAAGCCUCCAGCUAUGCCCCACUGUCCCAUCAUCCCUUUCACCAGGCCUCUCCUGGCAACAGCACUUUGAAGGCAGCUGAGGCUGGCUUGCUUGACAGCAGUGCAGUCUGGGAUAUGAGCCACAUUGUCAGGCCCAUGGGAACCAACAAUUAUAGGGACGUGUCAUCAGGAUCAUCCGGGUAUCAGUCCGGUACCAGCCACACAGGCACACGUCUGAUUGAAGAGCACCUGGGUGAGAUCCGUGGUCUACGCCAGCGUUUGGAGGACUCGAUCCGCACCAACGAACGCCUGAGGCAGCAGCUGGAGGAGAGGCUUGCGCUGGCUGGGAGAGGCAGCGGGCCUCCUACUAACAUUUACAUCCAGGGACUUGAGUCAGUCAGCCAUCUGUCUAAUGAGAACCGAGUCUUGAGGGAGGAAAACCUGGGUCUUCACGCCCGGCUAAACCAGGCCAGUAGAGAGAACUGUGUGGAGGCGGAGCAGCUGCGUGAUGCUGUGCUUUCAGGCAGGGGGCGAGUGAAGCAGGCUGAGCUGGAGACAGAGCAGGGGAGAGAGGAGAGCAGGAGGCUGCAGGCACAGAGCUGUGAACAGCAACAAGAGAUCCAUCAGCUCCAGAAGGAAAGGCAGGCUGCUCAGGACCGCAACAACAGGCUGCAGCAUGAGAUGAACCUUCUGCAGCAGCAGCUUACUGAGAACCGACAGCUGCUCCACUCACUCCAGUCUGAACUCCAGAUGUAUGAGAGAGUCUAUGGGUGCGCCAACCCGUCUCUCUCAGGGCAUGGCGGGGAUGGGAAGUAUCACAGCGUGCCCUCCUCCUUGGAGCGGAGUGAGCUGCUUUCGGAGGUGCGGAGCCUGCGGGUCCAACUGGAGCAGAGUAUCCAGGAGAACAGCUCCCUCAGACAACAGCUGGAGCAGCAGCUGGUCAGGAGCUCCGUGAAGAUCGACAGCCGCCCCUCCAGCAUCAACCUCUCCAUACCCAGAGAGACAGGCUGCAGGAGGCAACUCUUCCAGGAUUCAGUGCCGUCUCCCCCAGUCCGAGAUACAGACUUGUUUAACUCAAUUUCUCCAUUCUCCAUCUUCUCAAAAUCAACUGACCUUGGUGUGGAAGAUCAUGUAAUCACAGCAAACCAGGAUAUGUUGAAGCCAAGGUCUGUGUUAGAAGGGGACGCUCCAGAUGGUUCGUUUGCCAGUAAGAAUGGGCGGCACGUCAUCGGGCACAUGGAUGACUUCAGCACCCUACAGCAGCAGAUCCUGGAGGGGAAGGUGCUGGUGCAGAGGAUGGAGGCCGUGCUGCAGCCCUCUCUCAGUGCUAGCUUCCUGGAGAACAGUUCCAACAAGGCUCUGGAUUACAACUCUGUGAAGUCUGCCCUCUCCAACACUAAGACCCUGCGGCAGAUCCUGGAGGAAGCCGCCUCUCUUCUCAAGAUGUUCUGGAAGGCGGCUCUGCCUAAUGCCGAGAGCUGCGUUCAGCAUGUCAAAAAGGAACAAUCCAUGAAAGAAGAGAUCCAGAUGUUGAGGAACAAAAUCACAGAGCAAGAAGAUCUGCUACAGAACACUAUUGAGAGGCUGAGGAGCACGAACCGCAGCAAGGAGAGCAUGGAGCACUUCAUAGUCAGCCAGUUAUCAAGAACACGUGAUGUGUUGAAGAAAGCAAAAAACAAUUUAGAGAAGAAUGAUUACAAGAUUUCCUCUCUAAACUCCUCCCCCUGCCCUGGUAAAGAUGAAAUUGCAAGAGGCCACUCCGAGCUCUCCACUGAGUGGGACUGUGUGAGCCCUCGUUGCCACGAGCCAGCAAGGAAGAAAUCCAGCCACCGGAUCACCAAAAAGCAGGAGAGAGGACAAUGCUUGCUCAAAGUAGUAACAUAUUAACACCUCCCAGACUUCAGGUCUCCCAUCAUCCAGCGGUCUCAAUCUGUAUUCAUUUCCUUUUCAACUUGGGAGAGCUGGAAAGCUUGGGACAGUCAUAUUGAUAACUAGAGACUGCUUACAUAUUUCAUUUGAACAAAGAACAUUAAACUUUUUAAUUUGUUUUUCCUCAAAUGCCUUGCACGAAGAACAGAAGCGCAAGAAGACUUAAGUUAUAUCUCUUUCAAGGGAAUUUGUGCGUCCUGACUAGCGUAGACUUCCAUUUUCGCAGUCUGUGGACGGUUAGUUUCUAUGCAUGUCGUAGUCAACUGAUUAAAAAAAAAAAGCCAUAAGAUAAAGUAUGUGCUAACAGUACAGUAAGCUUAUUUUAUCCUCCAAACUUACUGCUAACUAAAGGCUCUUUUCACAUGGCAUGUCAAGUAAUGAAUUGGCUUAUAGACUGUCAUCUUUCCGAUAAGCUGCUGCUCUAGAACGUUCCAUUGAAAACACUUGUAACAAAUGUUUCAAAAGACUAAACUUUAUUGGAAUGGACUGAGCAGAGAAUCAAGCUUCAUGAUUUGUGACUGUAAGUAGUUGUGAGGAAUCAGGAUAAUUUCACCAACAUCUCAACAUUCAUAGAUAUACAAACAUUGUGAAUUACUGAAAAUGUAGUAUAUUACUGAGUUGUAGACAUGGCUGUUCAAUGGCUGUUGCAGCAUCUGCUUUGCCAGACACUGGAACACCAAGUAUUAAUAUAAGACCAUCAGUGCAAUAUUAGUAAACACUACUGACUGACUAAUGUAUAGUUUAAAGAGUGUAGCAUGGUGGAAUGUUGGGGUGAGGAUCACCAGAUUACUGCUAAAGUUUGGACUAUUUAAUAUAUGGUUCUGUCUGGUAAAUAUGAAAUUUGUCUCAAUUGACAGUUGGCAUAUCUAGCUCAAGGUACACCCUUUGGGCUCUAAAUUUAGCUAUGGGGAAAACUCUCAUAAAAAGGGGAAAAUUUAUAUCUUAGGUUUGGUCCAAUUUAUUAUUUGAUCAGAUGUACUAUUACACUCUUCUAGCACUUUGGGAUUUAAUGGACCAAACAAGAGUUUUUAAUCUGGUAUUUUAAUGCACUUUUAAAUAACUAACUUUUUUGUUUAUUUUUAUUUUUGUAUGUUUUUAAACUGAGUUCAUUGAAAGUGAAUAAUAUAUAUUUGGCCAUUUAAAUAAUAAUAAUAUAAAAACUUAACAGGAUGCAGUGUUUUGUGUACUGCCCCAUACACUGCCCCUAAGUGUAGCUAUUUGAUGUCGCACACAAACUUUAGCAGAAAACUGGUUGAACCCUAAAGUGACACCAAUACGUGCACAUUGCGUCUAAUGUACAUGCAUUGGUGUUUCUUCAAUUCACGUGUGUUGCUUUGGCUGUACAUUAAGCAUUGUUGCUGCUGUACAUAAUAUGCUUCCAAUAUACGAAUAGUUAAUUGUAUUAGGCUCUUACAAGUGUUUUUUGUGCUUUGUAUGUGUAAUGUAUAUUUAAUAUACAUGCAAACUGAACUACCAGCGUAGUGUUGCAAUAGCAUACUGUUUGCUUUUUUCCUGAUGUGUUGCAUCUUCUUUUUUGCUUUUAAAGUGCCAUAUGUUUUCCUGCUUGGUGUAUACAGUAUGUCGUCCUCAAUCUACAUUUGGUCAAGCUGAUACAGAUUUCUAGAAACAUAUUUAUGGAUAAGUAUAUAUCAAUUAAUACAUAAACUGUCUUUCCCUUAGUUCAUUUUGGGGGCAGAAUUCAGGCUAUUUAAAUCUAUAAUUAUGUAUUGCUUUAAUGUUUCAGCUUAAAGCUUCUGACAUGGAGUUUAGUUCAAAGGUAGAAGCUAGGUAGUUUAAUUGUGAGCGGUAAAGUUUUACAUCAAAUAUUCUGUUGUCUAAUAUGAAGGCUUUGUUUAUGCUCGUUUCUGAUGCAUCAAAAGUUUAUUAUGAUUACAUCAGGAAAUGUGCCAAGGAGAAAAAUGAACUAUUGAGAACUGUUGUUCAUUGUACAGGUGCAGUGCGAAUAAAGCCUCUUUAUGGGUCUCUGAUCUUGUCUGGUUGAACCCUGUAUGAUAUGUAUAUACUGACUGGAGAGUGGUUAGAUACGGAAUCGGUUUGUGCUGUUGAGUGUGCAAAAAGACAAAACUGUUUAAAUGUGUACCGAUACAGGCCUUGUUGGCUCUGUUUCUGAAAAAGAUAAAAGUGUUUGUUCUGUAAAUUAUGAAGACUGGAAAAUGUUUUUGAAGCUUUAGUUUAAAAAUAAAAUCAGUAACUCUUA